AUGGCUACGCUCUUCUUUUCAACCAGCCGAGGACGUGCAGCAAAUCUUCGAUAUCAGCGAAUAUAUCCAGCAUUAGUAUUUCGCAGAAAUGAUAGAAUUUUCUAUUCGAAAUACAGAUUUCGCGUAUCGGAUGUUGAGCAAAUUGUGAAAAUGCUGUCACCCCUCCUUCCAGAUAGUGGUUUACUCCCGUGGGAAGUCACUAAAGAGGACCAAGUGCUCAUUACGUUGCGCUAUCUGGCCACUAACAGUCAUCAGACAGUGAUUGCGGACUGUUUUGGUAUAAGCCAGAAGGCGGUGAGCGACGUAGUGACGCGAGUGGUGGAGGCGCUCAAUCAUCCAGAUAUCGAAGCACGUUUCCUCCGCUCUGGCCUUCUGAUGAACGGUGGUGCUUGCGAAGAUCUCGAGAAUUUGCCAAGAACUCGAGAUUUACGACACGUGGCAACUUACUUCAAUGGACUGAAGAACAAAUGGCAAAUUUUGCUUCAUUCAACAUUUGGAAAAAAGAAUGCUCCAACUUUUUUCAUUUUGCUGGUACGUGCACUACAAGGAAACUGGUUCCUUUGCUCAUGCUUUAUUUUUCAAAAAAUCGUCAUGGUGAAGAGUGGAAUUGAGAAAUGA